AUGAGAUCAGACACGGAAUCUGAAAGCUCUUGCGAGCACGCUUCGCCAGCGGCAUCCGUGGCCGUAUCGCUAGCGUCCAUGGACACCGAAGAGCAUAACGAAUUGUACGACCACAGACACUUGCCGGACUCGUUACCUGUGCGUCAAAACUCGAGUGUCACGCGUGUGGGUGGUGGAACUCGAUCCCCCUCCUCUGAAGCCCGACGUGGGAUAAAGGUCUCGUCACCCAGCCCAGUGCACCCAGACAUCAAAUUCGACAAUGACUCUGAUGACGAACCUCGCAUCGAGAACCCUCACAUGAAGCUCUCGGCCACAAAUACGGGAAAUGCUCGUCCUUCUCGUAUUGCGCACUCCAUGACACACCAAAGACAAUUGUACUCAGGACCCGGGUCUGCUCAACACUUGAACGCUCCUCCACCUUUGCUACCAAGGAAAUCUUCGAAGACUUCUGGCCCAGAAGAAGCCGGCAAUAUGAAGAAGAGCAAAACGAGAACUAAUUCGGAUUCUUCAUCUGUAAGGCCCUUGCAUUUUCUCACCAAAACCAUGUCAGGACGUUCUAAUCAAAGUGAUAACAUCAGGGAACAUGCCAUGAGACGUAGACUCUCUAGGGUAUCUAUCGAAAGUGACAACUCUCAUGCGUCUAGAGAAUCUCAAGAAACCGAGGAAGAUGUGUGUUUCCCAAUGGAAAGGCUGGAGCACUUGAGAAUUAAUGGUAUUGAUUUCGAUGAGCUCGAAGAAUUUGCCAUUCAAUCUCGGGAAGAGAGCUUUCGCGGUGGUGUAAAUGAUAUGCGCGUUGAGCCGAUUAAUAUCAAUCAGCACACACUUAAUAAGGAAGGGUCAUCCUCCUCAACGGCAACCACUACCUCUACAGCUGCUUUGAAGUAUACUCCAAAGGCCCCAUCUCCGAUAGUACAAAAGGUCCCUACUCAAAACGUCUCUGCUCAAAACCAAGAGUCAGUGGCCCCUACCCAUGAAGGGAUAUUUUUUGGUGACAACAAGGUCGAAAAUGACGAUUCAGAGAACCUCCCAGCCUCUCCACCAUACAACGUUGAAAAUUACGUGGUUCCAGACAGGUUCUCUUUUUUCCGGUCCGAUUCUGAUGAAACAAUUCAUGCUCCAGAUAUCGCAUCGCUUGUCACACGUGGAGGAACGUUCCGAGAUCUGUUCAAGGAUGGUUCACCCACUUGGUGGCUAGAUUGUAUUUGUCCCACUGACGAAGAGAUGCGUUGCAUCUCAAAGGCUUUCGGCCUGCAUCCUUUAACGGCAGAAGAUAUUAGGAUGCAAGAAACCCGCGAAAAAGUAGAACUUUUCAAAACUUAUUAUUUCGUGUGCUUCCACACCUUUGAAGGCGAUCCGGAAUCCGAGGAUUUUCUCGAACCUAUCAACGUUUACAUCGUGAUUUUCAAAGAGGGUGUUUUAACAUUUCAUUUUGGACCUGUGUACCAUUGUUCCAAUGUUAGAAGACGUGUUAGACAACUUCGGGACUAUGUGGAUGUGAGCUCUGAUUGGUUAUGCUAUGCUCUUAUUGAUGAUAUUACUGAUAGCUUUGCACCUGUCAUUCAAGCAAUCGAAUACGAAGCCGAUGUUAUCGAGGACUCUGUCUUCAUGGCUCGUGAUAUGGAUUUUUCAGCAAUGCUACAAAGAAUCGGAGAAAGCAGAAGGAAGACGAUGACACUCAUGAGAUUAUUAAGUGGGAAGGCUGAUGUGAUCAAAAUGUUUGCCAAAAGAUGCCAAGAUGAGUUAAAUGGGAUAGGUCCUGCUUUGACAUCUCAAGUAAACAUCGCCAACUUACAGCAGUCGCAGCCAGAGAAGUUCUUUCAGAGGCAAAAUGUGCAGAAUGCUUGUCCUCCCACUGCCCAACCAAGAGCUGAUAUUGCUCUUUAUUUGGGCGAUAUCCAGGACCACGUCGUUACUAUGUUCCAGAAUUUACUUUCCUACGAGAAGAUCUUUUCGCGAUCGCAUGCUAAUUACUUGGCCCAAUUACAGGUGGAAUCGUUCAAUUCCAACAAUAAAGUCACUGAGAUGUUAGGUAAAGUAACGCUCAUCGGAACCAUAUUGAUUCCACUCAAUAUCAUCACGGGUUUAUUCGGAAUGAACGUUCCAGUACCUGGUCAGCCAGAUGGAGGUGGACUGGGAUGGUGGUUUGGUAUCAUGGGUGUGAUGGCUUUUGUUGCCUUGAGUUUUGCUUUGAUCGCCCAUUUCUGGCUCAGCAGAAUUUCCGCGCCUGCGACCUUGAACGAAGCUUCUGAAAGUGGUACGCGGUCAAUAAUGAACACUUUGCGGUCCGGUAGGACUAGAGCAGCAAAGCCAGAUUCCUACAGAAAAGGAGGCACCAAUCGAUCCAUGUCUAGCUUCCAGAGAUAG